AGAAAUAAACCAGGGCUGGCGGGGAGGGCCCCGCGCCGGCGCAGGCUGCACGCUCGCAGCAGUUGCACUUUUGCUUUGUGUGCCGGGAGGGGUGGAAGCGCGCACCCGCAGCGGGGCUCCAGGGGCGCAGCCAGCCGAGCCUGCCAAGGUAGGAGCACGCUUCUCAUCCCCCGUUGUCUUCGAUUCAAGGUUUAGAUUGUGCUUUCUUUAGUUAUUAUCGCCAUGUGGGUUUUGUGCCUCCUGCAUUAAGAGAGGGCUGGGGGUGCCCAGCGGAGAGGCGGGUGGGGCGCCAAGUUAACCACCACAGGUCCUCAGAAUUAAGUGAUGAAAAGCAAGGAGACUGGGCUGGGCAGGUGAGCUGGUGCUCAGGAAGUGACCCUGGGCAGGGCAAGGAGCCGCUCGCUGUCUCCAUGUUUCAGAAGUUCCUGCAAGUGCUGGCCAGAGGCCCCGAGCAUGGCAGAGAGAGGGGCAUGGCUCCAGCCCAGGUGCCGGGUCCCCAGCCCCAUUCCCCAGCACUGCCCCAGGAGCACCCUGAGGUCCUGUGCCCGGUUUGGGCGAUUCCCAGCCCGGGCAGAGCUGGUGGCUGCCAGGAGGGGCCGGGGCGCUGAGGCAGGGACACAGCUCGAGGGGGGCUUUUGGGGACCGUAUAGCGCAGGCUCCACCAGCACGUGCAUACAACCGGUGUAUUUACUCCUUGCUUCAGGUCCCACUUCAGCAUGUCUGAGUGUUACUAAAUGGGCUGCUCUUUGCAGAAGGCAGCAUGCUGACUUUCCACCAGCAAUUUUUGCCACUCAAUGGCAAAAACUCGUGGAAAAGGAAAAAGGGUUUCUGUCCCUGCUGGUGCCCGGCGAACCUGGUGCAUGGGCUGGGAUAGAGCCGGCACUGCGGGAGCGCUGGCUCCGCUUGCUCCAGCUCCAUGCCACGGGCAUGUGGCUGUGCCCUGAGGGUGUGCACCAACAGUUUGGGUGGAAAACUUGUGGCUUUGGUGUUCGAUGCCGCUCCUUCCUACCAGGGCCAUCGGCGGGUGCCAGGGAAGGGGCACAAGGGUGUGGGUACCAGGCUGACAGCCUGUUCUGCUGCUUGGGGUACAUUUUCCAUUUUUAGCUGGGAUAAAUACCAACAAGAGAGGAGAAGAGCUUGGGCAGAUGGUUAAAAGACAAAAGUGGUAUAUGUCACCAGGAAUUAAACCAGAGUGUUUACGUUUUCUUGCACAUUUGUGGGAUUUACCCAACUGAAAUCCCCCUGCCGGCUGGGCUGACUGUCCCACGGCAGACCCAUGGCUCCAGCCAGCCCUCUGGGGCAGAUGAAAUGCCCAAUCCCUUCCAAAAGGAGUCCCAGGAGUGCAUGGUGGGGAUUUAUGGUACUCAGGGGUGUUUCGGCACCUUGCUGGCUUACCUGACAGCCAAAACCUCUCCAACCCCCCAAACCCAGCCAGCAUGGACACAGGCUGGGAACGCGGGGAGCGCAGGCAAGGCUGGACGCACCGAUACCCUGAGCAGGAGCAAACAAGAGGUGAAGGAUGAACAACAGAAAGAAACCUCUUCAUCCUCCUGUGCCAAUGCCCCACAGCCCCAGCCUGUAACAUCUUGGCUGUUUCCCUGCUUUUUCCCCAUAAUGAGCAUUCGGCACUUUAGUGACUCAUGUUUGGAGUAACCACAGACGAUGAUGAACGGGCACCUGCUCGGGUUCUCUGCAGCUGAAUCAAAACAAGCUGGCUGUGUUGGUAUUGCCUCGCAAACACGGCGUUGGCAAAUUUAUUCUGGCAACCCAACGUGCGGCUGGUGCCGCAAUGCAGAACGGGUGCUGCACGAGCAGAUGGAUGCUCGGGAGGCCACCGGUACCCAGGGCUGGGACGCAGCACACAGCUCCUGAUGUAACCCUGAUGUAAGGUGUCUGCUCUGUGCCAGGGCAACCAGGAAUGCAGAAAGGCAGGGUCUGUGCUGCUUCAGGCCAAGCACGGUGAAGUUUCAGAAGAGGCAAAGUAAACAAGACCAUGAGGAUGGCCAACAAAAACGCACUGUGGCUUCCGCGGGCAGAUGCUACCAAAGUAGAGAGAGAAAUUUCCACAGUUAACACAACAAGAGGUAAAACUGCCCCUGGGGAAGGAGGUAGAAACCCAAAUGUCUACCAGAAAACUGCUUCAGGAGAGAGAAGACUUUUUUUUUUUUUUUUAAACCCAGAAGCGGGUUUAUAUUUGCAUAACUUAUAUUUUUAUUUAUUACUUAUGAUGAUGAUUAUUAUUACUAUUAUUACUGUUAUUACUGGUAGUUACCGCUGCCACAACAGGACAGCAACAAUUCCAGGGCCGUACAAAGCCCGGGCACCGGGCAGUGAUGCUGUGCCCCCUCGCUGGUACCCAUGGGAGGGAUGCACACACCCCAACACCACCACUCACAUGGCUUCAUCAGGACCCUGAGCUGCCAGCUGAAAUCCCCGCUGUGCUGGGCUUUAGGAGCUGUGCUGGGCUUUAGCAGCUGCGCUGCCUUUGCUUGUUGGGGUGAAGGCUGCAGGGCUUGCUGGUGGAGCUUGCAGACUCGUGUGCCCGGCUCUAUCACGUCCUGGCCCUUAAACGGCUGGCUGCAAACCUCACCCGGUGUUCGUGGCUCAUUAAGUACAAACGAACCGUCUUCAUCAAGCACCUUAAAGUGACUGGCUAUGGGGUCUCCUUGGCAAAAUGAAGAGGGGAAAAAAGGUCAGGAGGAAGAAGGAAGUCGUGCCUGGGGAGAGCCUCACCCCCCCAACACGCGCCCUGAGCCGACGAGAGACGAGUGCAGAUGACGUGAAACAAAAUUUCCUCUUUCUGAAGCUUUUUUUAGCCUCCUGCUGGUUUUUACGCAGCGCUUUUGGCUGAACCACUGCGCUGUGCAAUGUGACUGCCCGGGAUUUCCAAAGUGCACUUUCUCACCACCACGGGGCGGGUGAUGCUGCCCCCCUGCACUGGGGCUCUCGGGGCCCCCGGGGCCGCAGCAGCAUCUCUGCCCAGGCGGGGGUAGCAGGAAAGUCCCUGGGCAGUGGGGAGGGCGAAACAUGGGCAGCUACAGAGGCAGCUUGUGUACCCAGCGAUGGUUUGUCCUGGAGGGGUCUUUACCCACGCUGCACGAUGCUGAACCUCCCCUGGGAAGCUCACGGGAGUGCACCAAGCGCUGCCAAAACCCUGUCCUAUCCUCACGCCCCUCGGUUACUGGUGCCAGUAAAGCAAAUGGAAACUGAAGCCCUCAGCCCCAGUUCCCCACCCAUGACUGAUAAACCAACGAGUAGGUAAGCACCGGUUAGUUCUCCUACAUGACUGAGAGAUUACUCACAUUUCUAGAAUUAAUCGUGCAGGUUUUUGCCCUGGAGGUCAGCCUCAGAAUUAAUAGCAGGACUGGAAAGUCUUCCCAGAGGAGGUUAGCUGACCCCACGGCUCGUUAAUGGGCACCUCUGGAGUUGAGUGAGAUUAUUUCUUGAGCCCUUUUGCUCUACUGGCUGAGUUGGAUGUGGGCUCCCUGGAAAAAGGAAAACAUCUCAGUGUCUUUGGACUCAUCACUCAAUGGUAUGGCAAGAGAAAUAAAAUACAUGGGCACAUAAAAGCUGCCCUGAGAACAGUUUCCUUUGGCAGAUUUUGUAGUUUCACAGAAAGCUACUCCAAAGUUGCAGUGCAAUCACACUGACAAGUGCUGAACAUCAGCCUCACUAAAAAAGUUCGUAUUUUAGCACCUGUGCCUCAAAGCACAGGAACAAGCAUCACGGAUUGCAGCAGGAUGAAAUUUUUAAUCUAUAAAUGUGCCUUGUGCACAUCACGUGGUAGCACACCUUCCUCACUUGGACCUGUAGGUUUGGUUCUUGAUGCUGAAGCAAAAGGUGACCUGGAGAAAGGCUGAUCAAAGGUCUGAAUUCCCUCUAUAUUUAUUAGAUCUGGUUUUUGGUUGGUUGGUUAGUUGGUUGGUUUUUUUUGUUUGUUUGUUUGUUUUGUCUGACAUAUUCAGAUAUUAUCAGCUGCCCACUAUGCAAUUUUUAAACAAAGUCAUCCUACAGUCAGCUUAGUUUACGGGGAAAUGACACCUGGUAUUUCCAAUGGCUGCAGCAGGCCUGCUCACAAGGUGGCUAGUGGAAAGGCUCAGAAAACGCUGCUGGGAGAAAGUGUGUGUUGUUCUGUGGCAAAAAGCAUUUAAUAAACAGGCCACUUGUCCCUGCUUGCAGUACAAAUGUCUUAUUUUCAAAAGAAAAAUGAAAAAGUUGCCCCCCCCCCCCAAAAAAAAAAAAAAGCGUGUUGCUUUGCGGCAGCACCUGUGCUGAUGCACCUUACGAGUGGCGGAGGCUGAGCCUUUUCUCUGCCUUUCCAAGAGAAAGCCCUGGCAGGGAGCUGACAGCCGCGGUCCGCGCCGCCCACGCAGCCCUUUUGCCUGCAAAUGCUGACGGUUUGGUGAAAGCCGCCGUCCUGGGGCUCCCACGCCGCCGAGGUGCAGCACCGGCAUCUGUACUGAUGGAAGAUUUACAUGAAAAUGCACAGGGCCAUUUACAUGAGCAGCACAUUUCUUUCCGUCAUCUUCUCAGUUCUUUGUAGCUGUGCUGCGGGGCCGCGCCUGCCAUCAGACUCCUGCGCUGAGGGAAGGGGCUGAAAUGCCACCCAAAAGGUGACCGAGGGUGCAGACCUGGUGCUGGACUGUCGACUGCUUCAACACGUAAAGAUGGAUUUCUCCAUGGGGAUCUCAGCUCUGCCAGCACCACAAGCAGCUGCAUUAAGGUCGGGUAACUUCUGAAAAAGCAGGAAGGGCACGUACAAUACAAGCCGGACUUGAAUGAAUCCAGAGCAGAGCUCCUCACCAGAUGGGACAGGAUCGCCUAGCUGAAGCCUCAUGCACAAACACCAGGGCUGAAGGAGGUUUACACCUGUUUAUUUAAGCACCAACAACCUCAGGACAACCUGGCUGCAGAGUGCUUGUGAGGACCAUGUUAUUGUGCUGGAGUGCUGACCGCACAUGCCUACGUUGGCACAGCAGAAGACUUCAUGAAGAGCAAAGGUGACCAGUGCCCAAAAGGCAGGAAGGCAACAGCUUGGGACAGAGGUGCUUCUGAGCUCGCAGCUCUUCUGCUUGCCAUCUACGCGCAGCACCUGGGGGCUCUGGGGGAAGGAACCAGAGCUGAGCACGAAUCUAGAGCCCAGCCAUGGAGAACAGCUCAACCUGCUCCAACAGUACCAACCUCAAGCCCUACUAUGCAGCUACGUACACUUUCAUCCUCGUCCCUGGACUAAUAGGAAACGUAUUGGCUUUGUGGGUCUUUUACGGGUACAUGAAAGAGACUAAACGGGCCGUAAUAUUUAUGAUCAAUUUAGCCAUUGCUGACUUAUCGCAGGUUUUAUCCUUGCCUCUGAGGAUUUUCUACUACUUGACUGGGACAUGGGAGUUUGGAUCAGGCCUCUGCAUGCUUUGUUUCUACCUGAAGUAUGUCAAUAUGUACGCCAGCAUCUACUUCUUGGUUUGCAUCAGCGUGAGGCGGCUUUUGUUUCUUAUGUACCCAUUCAGAUUCAGCGACUGCAAACGCAUUUGUGAUGUGUACAUCAGCAUUGCUGGAUGGAUCGUGGUCUGCAUUGGCUGUUUGCCUUUCCCUCUGCUGAGAAGUGAAGAAGCGAAUGUUGCAAACAAGUGCUUUGUGGACCUCCCCGUACGGGAAGUUGACCUCCCCACCGCCAUUGCAAUGAUGACGCUAGGUGAAUUGGUGGGAUUCAUAACACCCCUUUUUAUCAUCGUAUAUUGCUCGUGGAAGACUAUCUUAUCAUUAAAAGAAAAAAAUGUCGCUUCGCCUGAUCUUGGAGAGAAAAAAAAGGCUUUGAAGAUGAUUCUCACCUGCGCUCUGGUAUUUCUGAUUUGCUUUGCGCCUUAUCAUAUCAGCUUUCCACUGGAUUUCUUUGUCAAAACCAAAAAGAUUAAAAACUGCCGCGUCCAGGAGGUGAUCUCCCUGUUUCACGCCGUAGCCUUGUGCCUUGCCAGCCUCAACUCCUGCGUGGACCCCAUCCUCUACUACUUCACUACGGACGAGUUCCGGAGGCGGCUGUCCCGGCAGGAGCUGCAGGAGAGCGUGCAGCUGCACAGCCACAGCUGCGGCAAGAAGCACUCCCAGGCCACGCUGCAGGAGGAGGCCACGGACUGCUAGCGCUGGCUGCCCCGGGCACGGCCCCGGACCGCAGGUGCUCAUGCAGGUCUGGCCUCUGGCCGAUCUGCUUCCCCAGGACACGUGCUCUAGGUGACCCUGCUCGAGCAGGACUUGAUGAUCUCUGGAGGUCCCUUCCAACCUCCACCAUUCUGUGAUUCUGUGAUACCAAGAGCGGCUCCUCAGGCAUGCUUCUGCUGGCCCCAGGGAGGAUUUGAGCUAAAAAUACAACAAAAAAAAGCCGACCAACCCCUUGAUGAUUUAAUACUUUGGCUGUAAAUGUUCCCUGUGUAAGCACCACCAUGUAAUUCCCACAGGCCCCGCUCCCGAGCUGGGCCUUGGCAGGAUCAGGCUGUGUAGCCCUGCCCUGCUGCCACCUGCACACAUCCCGGUCACGCACCCUGGCACCAGCCAAGAGGCUGCCAAGACUUCGGAGUUUCCCUAUCCAGCAAGAAUUCAGUCCUAAAGUUAGCACGUGGCCCAGUGUUAUAUUUUUCUGAAGCAACAUUUUGGCACAACAGCUUUAAUGUCUACAUGUGCCUGAGGCCUCAGGUCGCCCCGAAGGCCUGGCUGCGUCAGUAAACACCCAGGACUCGAUUCUGGGGGUGCAUCAGUUGACAGCUCCCCAAAUCACAAUGCCAAUCAAGUGCCCAGACACUAUUUUUUUUCCUACCAUCAGCCAUUUUUUAACCAUCAGGUCAUUUCUGGAUCAGGGUAAGAAGUAGCAAAAUGCCACCAGUGGCCCCUUUUGCUGCCUGUGACAAGCUUUAAACACAGGGCUCUGCUUUGAGGGUAUUUAGUCAGGGUAAAGGUCCAGUGAGCCUCUCAGGUCCUUUUUUUUUCUUCUCCAAAAAUGGGGUAAAAUGGUUCCCCUUUCGCUGAAAAGAGACUCUGCACCAUAACACCUGCUGUGGUGUUAUCAUCAGUAUUACGGUGAACUGCCCCUGAGUCCAGGAGUCGAUGAUUUUGGGGUUGGGAUAACUUCCUGUAGUUGUAAAAAAGCCACCUUAGUGAAGUUCAAGUCAUUAGCACCAGCUUCGUUAAGACGGGGCACAGGAAGCUGAGCUUUCUGAAGUUUACUGUGAUGGGAACUCACUGUAUGCCGAGUCCAAGGAGCUACCUCACAGGUGGCUUUAAAAAUCUGAGAGAAAUAUUCAAAUGUGGAUGUAUUUUUAAUAGUAAGUUCUUUAAAAUCAAACAACAGAAGCUUCGUGCUCCACUGAUACUUUAUUUGCACCUUCUUGUAUAAUCUGUUGUUAUGUGAACGUUUGAAAUGUUACAUUUUGAAAUGUAAAAAUACUGUGAUAUUAGAUUUUAUUUAAUGCAAAUACUGUUUUAUAGAUUUUAUUUAUGAAAACAUUUUGUAGAAAAAUGAUGUGAAUUCCAGAGACUGUUGGAACACGGAAAGACUUUUUUUAAAAACUUUUAAAAUCCCUCUAUAUAAUAAACCACCCCACCCACACUGCCAGCCUGUGUCUGUACAUGCGUUCAGCUGAGUAUGCACCACUAAUUUGCAGAAACCAAGCAGCACACUGUAAUUUGUUCACAACAAUAAAAAAAAAAACUAUUUAUUUUCCAGUAUC